CAAUUUUAAAUCUAUUUUCGACUUGUUUUGUGACCCCCAAGAGUCCAAGACCCUAAGUCGAGAAGUCACCGAACAUAGUCCCAAAAACACCCGAAAUCCCAAUUGCUCAGGUUCUCCCCCUUCUCCAGAACACUGUGAGGAUGAACCAUAAUCAGCAAUCAAGUGAUGGUAUGCACGAAGAUGAAGCUGCGCUCUCCGAUUUCCUUGCAUCCUUAAUGGACUACACUCCCACUAUACCGGACGAGUUGGUGGAGCAUUACUUAGCCAAGAGCGGGUUCCAAUGUCCCGACGUUCGACUAAUUAGGCUGGUAGCUGUUGCUACGCAGAAGUUUGUAGCUGAGGUUGCAACCGAUGCCCUACAGCAGUGCAAGGCAAGACAGGCAACAGUAGUUAAGGACAAAAGGGAUAAGCAGCAAAAGGAUAAGCGCCUAAUGUUAACAAUGGAGGACCUCUCAAGGGCACUGCAUGAGUAUGGCGUGAAUGUGAAGCACCAAGAGUAUUUUGCGGACAGCCCUUCAACUGGGAUGGAUCCUGCUUCAAGAGAUGAAUGAAAAGUUUUCAAGUCCCCUAUCUAAUAUAUGCUUAUGAAAAUACUGCUACAUAGCUUGUGAUGCUUAGUCUCUCUUCUGCAAUAUUGUUGCCAAUGGCUAUCUUGACAAAAUCUAGCCCUUAUUAUGCCUUUACAUUGUGAAAAAAAAAAAGACUCCUUAUUAUGUGUUUUUCCUUCCUUUAUUAAUUCUUUUUAAUAAGAUUACUGCUGAAUCAGCGUAGAGAUACAAGUAUUUGCAAUUAAUCCAGCACUACCCCCAUGAAUGGUGCUAUUGUUUUC